AUGUUCUCAAAACCCGUUGCCUUUUUACUGGAAUUUUCCGCGAUCCUUUUUUCUACUAUUUUAGCGAUUAUGCUUGAGAUAAAACUCUUUAGAUGGUGUUUUCUAUUGUAUAAUUAUUUAUUGUCCGAGUUGGAGUUAGAAAUACAUCAGGAUUUCGUGUGCUUACUUAUAUUGCUUUUGGUUUUCGUAUCAUGGAUCUUGGGUCGCACUUUAUGGCAUUUCCACUAUAAAAAGAAUCCAGACAUUUCUCGUGUACCUAUUAUGGAAAGCGUUUGGACUCUGUCUCUUUUUCUUUCGUUCUCUUUUUUCUUUUCAGAAUUGUUGUUAGAAACGGUAGACUGCGCAGGAAAGGAUUCGGGUGGGGGAGCGUCUACCUCCUCUCCCAAGCCUGAUGAAUGGGAAAUGGCGCUAGAUCUACCGGAUAAUCAAGUUGCACCGGAAUGUCUACGCUCCCAUAUUAAAGAAAAGAAGAGUUAA